AUGAGUAACCCAAACAAAGGACAACCAGCGACCUUUGUGGUCGAGCAUCUGGACCCCGAAUUGGGUCCCUGGUCGGCCUUGGAAUAUGGCUGUAUUGCCCGUGAAUCGCAUGCCUCGGGCGCUCGAUUCCUGCUUAGCUCAGUGCCCGAAUCGCUGCAAAUGCCCCAGGAUCUGGCUGCUACCAAGGGUCUCGAAGUUGAGCGCGGGAGCGUGGAGGAGAUUUUCGCGGACCGGAAGUCCAAAGUCUGUCUGCUUGAUCCGGCAGCACAGGUCGAACUCAACCCCGCAGACGGGAAUGAGUUUGAGGUUUUCCUAUUCGGUGGCAUCCUUGACCGCACUUCGGAAUUGAGGAAAAAGGGUUAUGUCGGAAGACGAUUGGGCCCUAAGCAAAUGACAACGGAUACCGCUGUGCGAGUAACCCGGAUUGUGACGCAGGAAAAAGUACCUCUGGAGCAAAUCCAGUACGUUGAUUACCCAGAGAUCCUGGUCAACAAGCAUGAGCGUACCGAAAUGCCCUUCCGCUAUGUGAAGGAUAAGGAUGGACAGCCCAUCAUGCCCAGCGGUGCCUUCUCCGUAUCAUCAUGGGCCUUAUCACUGCUUCUUUUAUUGAGUCCGGAUCUGGUCACAGCCCAAUCUGCUGCGGACUAUUAUGUACACUCAUUACCGGGGGCCCCUGAGGGGCCUCUCUUGAAGAUGCAUGCUGGGCACAUCGAGGUGGACCCGGGUAAUAACGGUAACCUUUUCUUCUGGCAUUAUCAAAACCGUCACAUUGCCAACCGCCAGCGGACGGUGAUCUGGUUGAACGGCGGCCCGGGAUGUAGCUCCAUGGACGGUGCACUGAUGGAGGUCGGCCCGUAUCGAUUGAAGGAUGACCACACGUUGGAAUACAAUGAAGGCUCAUGGGAUGAAUUUGCCAACUUGCUCUUUGUUGACCAGCCUGUUGGGACUGGUUUCAGCUACGUGAACGGGGACAGUUACCUGCACGAGUUGGACGAAAUGGCAGCACAGUUCGUUACAUUCCUAGAGAAGUGGUUUGAUAUCUUCCCCGAGUAUGAAAAUGAUGAUCUCUACAUUUCGGGCGAAUCAUAUGCCGGUCAGCAUAUUCCAUACAUCGCCAAAGCGAUUCAAGAGCGAAACAAGAAUACACCCAAGGGUACUAAGGCCCAAUGGAAUCUCCGGGGCCUGCUGAUCGGCAACGGCUGGAUAUCCCCUGUCGAUCAGUACCCCACCUACUUGCCCUUUGCCUAUGAGGAGGGCCUCAUCAAGGAAGGCAGCCGCAUCGCAAAGAGUCUAGAAGUCAAGCAGUCGGUUUGCCUUUCAAAGUUAGAGACCUUCAAGAAUGACAUGUACAUCGCCGAUUGCGAAGAAAUACUUACAGAUAUGCUGCGGGACACCCAGGACGGAAACAACGAAUGUUAUAACAUGUAUGAUGUUCGUCUGCGUGAUAGUUUUCCGUCUUGCGGCAUGGCCUGGCCACCAGAUCUAACCAAUAUGAAGCCCUACUUGCGACGAGCCGACGUGAUUAAGGCCUUGAACAUCAACCCGGACAAAAAGUCCGGGUGGGAAGAGUGCGUCGGGGCUGUGAGCAGUAGCUUCACCGCAAGGAACUCCAAACCCGCCGUUCAAAUUCUCCCUGGACUACUUGAAUCCGGGCUUCCUAUCCUCCUCUUCAGCGGAGACAAGGACCUGAUUUGCAAUCAUGUCGGAACCGAGCAAUUAAUUAACAAUAUGAAAUGGAACGGAGGCACUGGCUUUGAGACCUCGCCAGGUGUCUGGGCACCGCGGCACGAUUGGACUUUUGAGGAUGAACCUGCUGGAAUUUAUCAAUACGCGCGAAAUUUGACCUACGUUCUUUUCUACAACGCAAGUCACAUGGUGCCUUAUGACCUUCCGCGUCAAAGCCGGGACAUGGUCGACCGCUUCUUGAAGGUUGACAUCGCCAGCAUCGGCGGAAGCCCGGCAGACUCGCGUAUUGAUGGCGAGAAACUGCCCCAGACCUCCGUGGGUGGCCACCCCAAUAGCACCGCGGCUGAACAGCAGGAGAAGGAGAAGAUGAAGGAAACCGAAUGGAAGGCCUACGCAAAGUCUGGCGAGGCCGUACUGGUGGUUCUCAUAAUCGGUGUCACCGUCUGGGGCUUCUUUAUCUGGCGCAGCCGACAGCGUCAUCGCGGAUACCAGGGUGUCUACCCAAAGAGUGUCAACAAUAGCUCCGUUUUGGAACGGUUCCAUAACAAGCGCUCAGAGGCUGCUGAUGUCGAAGCAGGAGAUUUUGAUGAGUCCGAACUCGACAACCUUCAUUCGCCAGACAUGGAGCGUGAGCACUACGCGGUCGGGGAUGAUAGUGAUGAUGACCUGGACCAUCAGCACAGACGGCAGGCGCCAAAGACUGGUGGCGAUCAUUUAUGA